CUCCAUUUAAAUGUUAUACAACACUGGUGUUUAGGGUAGAUCGGUUCCACGUAAAUACAAUUGAUCCCCAAUCCGCGAAUGAUUUAUUAUCGUUGGGGACAAUAAGUGAGUCGUUGAUGGCAGCGCACAUUAAAACUGGACUCGGAAAUAGUCAGUCGUAAUCUAAACACAGCGCAGCUCCCAUGGGCAAGGAUCAGCAUUUGCUGACGGCAGCAAGAAGUGGCGACAUCCGAACGGUCGACAAGUUGCUGGAUCUUUCAUCCAAACGUCACGGGCCUUUGUCGAGCUUUCGUCGCAGUCCCAGCAUCAAUUGCCAAGAUGUGAAUGGAUACACAUCACUGCACCAUGCCUGCCUCAACGGGCAUGGGACUAUUGUCCGCCUCCUUCUGUCCCACAAUGCCAAGCUGGAUGUGCCAGAUAUUCGUGGAUCCACACCGCUAUUUCUUGCCGCUUGGGCUGGCCACCAGGAAAUCGUGAAAAUGCUGCUAAUGCACAGCCCCAAUGGUGCCAAUCCCAAUGCCCAAACGAUCGAGAACGAGACCCCACUGCAUUCGGGGGCCCAGCAUGGUCACAACGCCGUCGUGGCCAUCCUACUCUCCUACGGUGCUGAUCCGGCAAUACGCAACAAUAGCUUCCAGACGGCUCUGGACCUGGCCGCCCAAUUUGGACGAUUGCAGGUGGUACAAACGCUAUUGCGGGUCUAUCCAGAUCUUAUACUGCCAUAUAAGAGAGAGGAUGAGAGGGAUCUGUCUGAGCUGAUGGGAUACUCCGACUCUAGUCCGUAUGCAACGUCGCCCACGAAGCACAUUUUUACACACACAUGUCUGCAUCUGGCCAGUCGGAAUGGACACAAAAAGGUAGUGGAGACGCUGCUGGCGGCUGGCGUUGAUGUCAACAUACUCACGCAUGCGGGCAGCGCCCUUCAUGAGGCGGCGCUGUGUGGCAAAAAGUCUGUGGUGGUCACCCUGCUAAAGGCCGGCAUUUUUGUAUACGCCACAGAUGGCAACGGGCGCACUGCCCUGGAUAUACUCUCGGACUAUCCCCCUCACGUCACAUACGACAUUGUCGGUGUCAUCAAUGAUUUCACCAACCAGGCGAUGGCACAGCAGACUGGGAUGGUUGCCGAUGAUUUGAUCGUGGAGAAUAGCACCCAGUCGCUGCCGAAGCGCUUGUUUGAAAAGAACUCGCAGCGCCAGAAGCUGUCCAAGCUGCGCGAUUCGGCGAGGCAGAGGAAAAACCAAGAUCAAGCCAACGGACUUUCGCACUCUUUAAGCUCGCUGGACGUGUACACCAAGCUGCCGGAAAAUUAUCUGGCCAUGAAGCCAAUCACACUGCAGAAAUCGUUCAACGAUGUCCACACAAUCCAGGACGACAGCAGGAAUCAUUGGGAGUCAUACAAGCCUGUGUACAAGCAGCCCCAUCUGCCUAGCUUCCAGACGUUCGGCGACAUCUCCAGUGCCUCUGUGCCGUCGCGAUCCUACGAGUACAUCAAUCUGUUGAAAAAUGGUUCCGCCAGUGAUGACAAUAACUCAGCCAGCACAAGCAGUAAUUCUGGAGCACGACAACAGGCUGUGGCUUCUUAUGUGGAAAUGUCGCUACCAUCUCCCCCGACUCCGAUGCCACGUACACACAUAAAUGGCAAAUCCAAUGACUAUGCGAACCUCGUGGUGAUAGAAGAAGGGAGCAAUGGAGCGCCGGCGAAAACCGCAGUUGUGGACAGCAAUAACAACAGCAGCGGCAGCAAAUUGCGAACGGUUCGUCAUUCGCCCACGCCAGAUUAUCCGCCGCCCACGGUUACGGAGGCGGAGCACACGAUAUUGAACUAUAUAAUGCCCGUGACACUGCGAAGGGACAGCGCCUUGGAAUCAAGUGAAUCGGCACGCACCACGAACUCCUUCAGUUCGGAUCAUGUGGAGGAAUUUGUAGGCGAUAUUCCGUUCGCGGGUCUUUUCAAGGGAUCUACAUUGAAUUUAGCUGCAGACACCACUGAUGGGCGAGGCUCAGUGCCACGGGAGCGCGAAUUUCUACGUUCGCCUAGCAUGGUGAGGUCUGUACAUGCCCUGAACCAUCGCCGCAGUCUGUCCAAGCAGCGAUACUCUGCAUUGGGGGAGGAUUUCAGCGCCUCUCGUGUCUGGGCUGAGAUUGAUACCAUCUUUGAGAACAUCGGAAAUGAAGUAUCUACAGAAUACGAUCAAGAUACCGGGGAGCAGGAGCAGGAGGAGGUCGACGAACCCCAGAGCUUGCCCGCUGAUGACCCACGAUACUCUCUACACAUACGCAAUCCGGCAGAACUCCUACUGGGCAAGAGCCAGAGUUCCGCCUCCCACUGGUGUCACUCGCCGUACACCCUUAUCUACGGCGAAAUACGGUACUCCCUGUUUUAUCUCGGAUCGACGGUUAUAAGGCAAUUGCAGGGCACACUGUCUACGCGGAAGUCCAUUCAGAAGCUGAAGAUCGAUGAGAACAUGAAAUCAGCCGCGAGCGUCAGUGACUUUAGUCUUCUCGAGAAUUGCACAACUUCCACAAAAUAUCUGAAGGCUGCCAAUCUGCAGACGCGUCACAACGUGGACAUUGCAGUUUCAUGCAUCGGUGUUAAAUUUAUGGAUCAUGAGAAAAAGACUGCCCUCUGCUCCCAUGACAUUGAGAAUAUCAAUUGCGUCUGCCAGGACACUGAAGAUUUGCGGUACUUUGCAUAUAUAACCAAAGAGCAGGAUCUACAUUAUUGCCAUGUCUUUAUGGUCGAUAAUUUGGAGCUGGCUAAGGAAAUUAUUUUGACUUUGGGACAAGCUUUUGAGGUAGCCUACCAACUAGCCCUGAGCAGGCAGACCACUCCCAUAAUCGAAGAGUGCUAAUCUACAAAAGUGCCACAAA